AUGCAAUUUUCAUAUCAAAUAGUUUGGACAAACUUUCUUGCCUUGAUAUUUUUCACAUCACCAUAUUAUCAUGAUAUCAAUAUAGAAAGACAUAUGAUAUCGAAUACAAAAUAUCCUAUAAUGACCGAUAAACAGCCGAAAUUAAGUUCUCCAAAUCAUUGUAAUUUGGAAAAAUUAUUUCUGGUCGCUAGACAUGGUACUAGGUAUCCUGAAGAGCCUGAUAUCAAAAAAUUUGAAGUAUUAGAAAAUAUCUUUCAAAAUGUUUCAUCUAAACAUAAGGUUUUUAUUCCUAAUUACGUAAGAACCGGAAUGUCGGGAAUUUCAUAUUCUAUUGGAUUACUCGAUGGAAAAGGAAUUUUAGGUAAAGGAGAUUAUCAACCAGUUUAUAUAUCCACCAUUCCUGUGUUACAAGAUUAUGAAUUAGCAAUUCAUAGAUCUUGUCCACGUUGGAAAGAAACAGUGCAGAAUAACAACGAAAAACUCGAGAAACAAAUUUUUCAUUUUACUUCAAAUUUAACAAAAAUUUCAAAUCGUAUCUCAAAAAAAUAUAAUAUUGAGAAUCCACCACUCGAACCAAUUCAUGUCAAUUAUAUUUAUUUAGCAUGCGCAUACGAUAUUAUAUUUUUUGAAAAAAAUAGACAUUGGUGUGAAAUAUUACAACAGGAAGAAAUUUUAACGUUGGAAUAUUUUAAUGAUAUGAGAUAUUAUUAUGAAUUUUCUUACGGAAGUGAUUUAAAUAAGCAAUUGGCUUGUAAAUUGGUUGGUGAAAUCGUAAAGGGUGUGGAUGAUUAUUUGAAUGGAGAUUCAACUGUCAAAGCAGAUUUAAAGUUUACUCAUAGCGAAACAAUGAUGUUCUUAUACACUUUCUUGGGAUUAUAUGAAGAUUCCAAUCCUUUAACAGGAAAUGCAACUUUUGAUGAAAUUUCCAAUCGGAAAUUCAAAACCUCGGAAAUUUGUCCAUUUGCCGCCAACGUUUAUUUUGAAAUUUAUACUUGUGCCUCCGAUAAAUAUACUUUCUUUUACAAGAAAAAGCAUGAGGAAUCCACUGUAGUUCAGGUAGUUGUUAAUGAGAAACCGGUUGUCGUUCCUGGAUGUGGUUCGAAAUUUUGUGAAUGGAAUAAAUUUAAAGAAUUGUUUAGCGAUAAUUUAGAUUGUGAUUUUGAAAAAAUUUGUAAUUUCGACAAGAAUUAA